UGUGUCAGCUGCACGUGUGGAAGGACUAGACGAGAACAACAUGAGCGGAGCGGCCGGCCCUGACAGCAGCAAUAUGAUUGGAUUGAAUAUGCAAGCCCACAUAUCCAUUUUGGAGAGGCAACGACAGGAGCUCCUGACUAUCAAUGAGAGGUGGGCUAAGGAGUACAGGACCAUGGUGGCCCACUACCAGAACAAGCUACAAAGUCUCCAAGCUUCAUUACAAAACUACAGCAACGUUGGGACAAAAACAGUCAAGGCGGUCAAAGAAACAGAAAAGAGUCAGGCCUCCAACUGUGGCGUACAAGCUGAGCUGCAGAAAGCCGAGAGCAGAGCUGACCAGCUCCGGGUGCAGAACUGUACUCUGACCAGGAGAGGGCAGCACCAGCGGGAGGAGAUCAACAGACUCAACAAGGCUUUGGAGGAGCGGCUUCAGCCAGCGCGCCCCCUGGAGGACAGCAAUGGACUUACACCGGAAGUAUGGCAACACCAGGCGGAGGUUUUUAAGGAGGAUUUUUUGAAAGAACGAAAGGACAGAGAGAAGCUCCAUCACAAAUACGUGGAACUGGAGAAGAAGUGGACGAAAGCGCACGACGAGCUUUACCGCCUCAAAGCACAGGCCACUUGGACCCGCCUCCUACGGCCCGUCGUGGACUGUACCUGCAAGCAGGCCGAGCAGCGCCAAGCCCGAACGCAAAAGCGACAACACCCGUGAGAGAAGACGCCAUGUUGGAAACAAUCAACUCUCCCGAGUGAGAGAAUUUAGGGAUCUCUGGCGCCCUCUAGUGUCCCUUCUCGAACUGCACGUUUUUUUACUUUUAAAAUGUCACGUUUACAGCACUUUCACUUCCUGAUUGUAAACACUUUUAUGACUCUGAAACAGUCCAAGACGACGUCUGCGAAGGCUUUCAUGGACUUUAUUGGCAAAGUCAGAGCAGCAAUGUGUUCAUUUCAUCAGAUGAUUGUCAAUUAAAGUGAGCGCCUCGUAA